AUGUCUCGCUUGUACCAGGCGGCUGUGAGGAAAUCUCUGUCUCGUCCUCUUUAUCAUCAGCUUCAGGAGACUCUGGAAAUUCAACAGGCUCGAGAACUCACACAGCUCUACAGCCAGGUGAAAUACCGUGAGGAUGGGAGGAGAGGACUGUCUCAGAGCUUCUACUCUCAGCUCCCUCAGACCACAGACACUGAGUUCUACCAGAGGAUCUCCACUCUGCAGAGUCAGGUGGAGUACAGCAGGGGGCGCUCUGGUCCGUGUCUGUUCUCGUCUCUUCCUCAGACUUUGGACACGCUCAGAGCCAAAGAGCUUUCCCUGAUCCAGAGCCAGGUGCAGUACCGGCAACGGGCACAGAGGGCGCUCUACUCGUCUCUGCCUCAGACCCUGGACACGCAGAGGGCCAGAGCGCUCACACAAGUCCUCAGCCAGGUGAAGUACAAACAGGGAGUGAGUUGUCAGCCGCUUUACCACUUGCUCCCUGAAACCCCAGAGACCGACUUCGCCAAAAACAUGUCCGAGAUCCAGAGCCAGGUGUCGUACAGGAGGGAGCUGGAGGAGCAGAGUCACAGUUUGUUUUCUGCUCUGCCUCAGACUCUCACCACAGAGUUUGUGAAGGACAUAAACCAAACACACAACCAGGUGAAGUAUCGACUGGAGGCAAAGCAGCAGCUGCAGGGGGCGCUGUUCACAAAACUGCCCCAAACUCUGGAACUACAGCGACUCAAAGAGAGCGGACGCCUGCACAGCCAGAGGUUGUAUCGACACGAGGGUCUGAAGUCUCUGAGCUCGAGUCUGUACCACCUGCUCCCCCAGACCCCCGAGACCAGAUUCAACCGAGAACUCAACCAGGUCCUCAGCCAGGUGAAGUACCGUCAGCGUCUGCAGAGCGCUCUCUUCUCUCAGCUCCCACAAACCAACGACACAGAGAGGGCCAAAACUCUGUCUGACCUCACCAGCCAGGUGAAGUACAGGGAGAGUGGGAGGAAGUGGGCGUCCAGUUGUUUGUUUUCGAAGCUCCCAGAGACUCCAGAGACGCUCCACGCCAAAACCCUGUCCCAGAUCCUCAGCCAGGUGAAAUAUCGGCAGGAUUCCAGCAGCAGGAGUUUGUAUCAUCGACUCAAAGAAACUCCAGAGAUUCAACUCUCCAGAGCCCUGCAGGACCUCUACAGCCAGACCUGGUCUCUGUUGUGUGUUCCUCAGGUGAAGUACAAGGAGCAGGUGAGGACGUCUCUGGGUCGGACUCUGUUCUCUGGACUUCCUCAGACCUCAGAGACUCUUCAGGCCAAAGUUCAGACCGAGCUCCAGAGCGAGGUUUUGUACAGAAAAGAGCGAGAGGAGCAGAGGCACAGUUUGUUUUCUGCUCUGCCUCAGACUCUCACCACAGAGUUUGUGAAGGACAUGAACCAAACACACAACCAGGUGAAGUACAGAGAGGCGAUGAAGAAGGACUGCACUAAUCCUCUGUACCACACGCUCCCCGAAACUCUGGAGACGCAGCGAGUCAAAGAGGUCACCGAGCUGCAGAGCCAGGUGAAGUACCGCGAGGGGAGGAGGGCCUUGUGUCAGAGUCUGUACUCACAGCUCCCUCAGACCGCAGAGACGCAGCUCGCCUCCAAGAUGGCCGACCUUAGCAGUGAAAGUAAAUACAGGGAGGAGGGUCUGAAGAGUUUGUCUCAGAGUUUGUACUCGCAGCUCGCAGAGACGCCCGACACCGCCCUCGCCAAAACUGUGUCCGAGCUGCAGAGCCAGGCCAAAUACUCGGAGGCGAGCAGAAAAGAGGCGAGUGACAGUUUGUUCCACCACCUGCCCCUGACCCCCCAGAUCCAACACGCCAAAGAGAUCACACAACUGCAGAGCCAGCUGAAGUACAGAGAGGGUCAGAAGGAGCUGAGCAGCGCCCUCUACAGUCAGCUCCCAGAGACGCAGGAGACCCGGUUUGCGUCGGCCGUGAGUGAGCUGCAGAGCGAGCGCGUGUACAAACAGCAGAGCAAAGCCGACCUGAGCUCCUCCCAGUUCCACCUCCUGCCCCAGACCAGAGACACCGAACUCGCCAAACACCUGUCAGAGAUCCAGAGUGAGGUGUGGUACAGGAGGGAGCGGGAGGAGCAGAGUCAGAGUCUUUUCUCCGCUCUGCCUCAGACUCUCACCACAGAGUUUGUGAAGGAAGUGUCCGAGGUGCUGUCAGAGAACAAGUACAAAGCGUCGGGGAAGAAGGAUCUGGAGAAGAGUUUGUACUCGCUCCUGCCUGAAACCAAAGAGACUCAACACGCAAAAGAGGCGGCGCAGCUCUGCAGCCAGAAGUGUUACUCGUCGGAGAGCAGGAGGGAGGCCGUGUGCAGUCUGUACUCUCACAUGCCCCAGACCAUCGAGACCGUGUUCAACAAACAACUCUCCAAAACUCAGAGCGACAAGUUGUACAAAGAGCAGUUUAACCGGGAGAAGGGCCGAAGCAGCUACAGCCGCCUCCAGAGUCUGCCCCAGAUCCAACACGCCCUCCAGGUGUCCAAGAACCAGAGCCAGGUGAAUUACUCGAGGUCUCGUGACGACCUGCAUCAGUUCCGUUCGGCUCCGGAUCGUCCCGACAUCGUGAACGCCUCCAACGCCGCCAAACUCGCCAGCGACGUGGUUUAUAAGAACAGCUCCAAGGCUCCAGCUCUGAGCGACAAAUCUCUGCUCUCCAGAACCGACAUCCAACACGCCCAGAACACCUCCACCCUCAUCAGCCAGGUGAAGUACAGAGACGAGCAGAGACUCAGACCCUGUUAUAAUCCUCUGGACUGUGUCUCCUUCAAACACACUCAGGCUGCAGCAGCUCUGGCCUCACAGGUGAAGUACAGAUCCAGUCAGAGGACAGAGUCUGGGUGUGAUGUUCCAAACCUGCUCCAGCUCCAGCACGUCCUGCACGCCUCCAAACUCCAGAGCCACGUGGAAUAUAAGAAACAGAACGAACAGAACAAGUCUCAGUACCACAUGGUCCUGGACACAGCGGAACAGCGCCACCACAGGGACAACGCCGUACUGCACUCACAGGUGAAGUACAAAGAGGAGUACGAGAAGAGCAAAGGACGUUCACAGAUGGAGUUUUCUGACACAGAAGCCUUCAGAGUCUCUAAAGAAGCUCAGAGGAUGAACAGUGAGAGGGAGUACCGUAAAGACUUUGAGGAGCAGAUUAAAGGGAAACCUCUGAUGGAAGUCGACCAGACUCCAGGAUACAAGACGGCCCGACAGGCGGCCACCCUGCUCAGCCAGAAGGAGUACAGGAAGGACCUAGAGGAGCUGAGGGGGCGGGGCCUGUCAGGACUCGGGUUAGAGGAAACUCCAGAUCUGCUCCGAGCAAAGAACGCAACUACCAUCCUGAGUGAGAAGUCGUACAAACAGACGGAGCAGCUCAGAGAAAACUCGUACGGCUCCGUCACAGACACUCCACAACUACUGCACGCCUCCUACGUCCGAGACAUGUACAGCCAGAAGAAAUAUCGAGACGAGGCCGAGCGUCUCCGGAGCAGCUACAGUUUAGUCCCAGAUUCUCCUGAGAUGGAACGAGUCCGAAACAACCAGAGACAACUGAGCUCUUUGCGUUACUGUUGGGAUUCGAAGUUGAUGAGAGGACUCAUGUCUUCAGUGUCAGAGACUCCAGAGACUGUGAGAGCUCGAGAGAACAGCAAGAAGAUCAGUGACGUUCAUUACAAAGAGGAGGUCGGCCGAGGGACCCCAGUGACCGAGACCCCAGAACUGGAACGAGUCCGACGGAACCAGGACAACAUCAGCAACGUAAAGUACCGCAGCGGCCUGCAGGAGCUGAGGGGGCGGAGCCUGCCUCACCUGGACACACCUGAGUACAGACGAGUGCGCCGCAGCCAGGACGCCGUCUCCACGGUAACACAGCAUCAGCGCCGCCACGAGUGUUUCUGGUCUGACCCGGUUUCUUUCUCUCUUUCUCUGCUCCUGAAGGCGAAGUACCACGAGGACUUCGACCGGUCCCGUGGACGAGGCUCUGCGCUGGGAUUGGACGAGCCGGGGAUGGAACGCUACCACCGAGCCAAUCAGAUGAUCGGGGAGGCGGGGUUUAGCCGAGGGACACACCCCCAGAGCGCCGACAUGGACCGAAGACCCGGCGGCAUCAUCGUGGCUCCCGUCCUGCCUGGGGCUUACCAGCAGGUGGCGCAGCAGCAGCAGCAGUACGGAUACAUGCACCAGACGAGUCUGUCCUCAGUGAGAUCUGUCACCUCCCCCCCACACACCCCCAGCACGCGCGUGUACCGGGCGCUGUACGAUUACGCCGCUCAGGACCACGACGAGGUUUCGUUUAAGGACGGCGACGUGAUCGUGAACGCGCAGCACAUCGACGAGGGCUGGAUGUACGGAACCGUCCAGAGAACCGGCCAGUCCGGCAUGCUCCCCGCCAACUACGUGCACCCCGCCCACUGAGGGACCACGCACACGCCGCCGCCCCCCCCCCUCCUCCCCGUGUGUCAGAUGCCCUCCCCUCCUCCCCGUGUGUCAGAUAAAUCAGAGUAUUAAAUCUUUUGAACAGGGGAAGCUCCUCACAAAAUCCUUCAAAUCCAGACGGAGGAUUUCAGAACGACGGGCCAUUUGGACAGUUACUAUAGCAACUAACAAUUUAAAACAAAUAUUGUAAAUUGUUGAUGGGGGAAAAGUCUCAAAAUGUCAAAAUGCGGCCUGUUGUAAGAAGCUGAUUCAUGCAAAAACAGAAAUGAUCAGAAAAAAACAUUUGUGGAGAUUUGGUUAAAAAAAAAAACACGAGAGAACGAAACAAACACAAACUCAUCAAAUAAUUAAUCCAUCGUUUAAUAUGUCACAAUUUUAUAACGAGAAAGUCUAAUUUUUCUAGAUUCUCCCUGAUGAAACUCCCUGAAUGUCGAGAUCUUUAGCUGAAAACCGCAUCCUUUUUCCAAAUUUAACCUUCCUGUGACUGAAGUCCAGCGCCGAGGUGUGGACGUACAGCGCCCUCUGCUGGUCACACCCGGGCUUUUUCUUCACUGUGUUUAGUUUGAAUCUGCUGUGAGUUUUCUUCUGUUCUGGACCCUCUGAGACGCUCGUGAACGCUCAGGUGGCAGGUUUUAUGUUUUUUUGUUUGGCGAUCGUCCUCGUGGUGAAGAUUUAUCACCGUUUUACUUCAGUUCAGAAAUGUUUGUGGACAAAAACUGAAAAGAAAAGUACAAAAAAUCCAGAAAGUGUGAGAGCUGGAAAACCGAAUCCCUGACACUUUUCUGACGCUUAAAGCUGCACUGUGUAACUUUUCUGGUGGAGGCUCCGUCAAAUGCUUUUUUUUUUUUUUCUCCAUGGAGAUGUCUAGAAUGUUCCACAGUAUAGAAUUAAACCUUUCUAACGCGGGUCCAGGUCAGAUCUGUGGAGAGGCGACCUCGCUCACAGUCACAAUGUCUGUUUGUUUUUCGAGAUAUUUUUGAGCUCUAAAAUCACCUGUAAUUGAAUAAAUGUAAAGUCGAGCUGUUUAAAGUCACACUGUGGAACAUUCCAGGCAGAGCAACGACGUCUCCAUAGAAACAAGAAGCUGACGGACCAUGAAUCAAAAAGUUACACAGUGCAGCUUUACCUAAAUAAUAAAGCUGUGGUCUUUUUUUUUUAGUCUGAUCAGAGCUUUUGUGUCGUUGAGGUUCGGUCCUUGUUUACCUCCCGGUUGCUCGGUAACAGUGAUGACAUCACCUGUGCGCACCUGCAUCCAACAGGAAGUGACAUCACAAACUUCACCACCAAAACCAAAAACGAGAGAAAAUCUGGUAAAAUGAGUUUUUGGCGAAACAGUCUGACCGGUCACAUACCUGUCACGUGUGAUGUCACCUGUCACGUGCACUGUCACGUCACGCGCUCACCUGUCACGUGCGCGCUCACCUGUCACGUGCGCGCUCACCUGUCACGUGCGCGCUCACCUGUCACGUGCGCGCUCACCUGUCACGUGCGCCCUGUGGAGGGUCGUGUUUUGUUUCUACUUAAUCUUCACUUCUGUGUUUAAAUAAAACCUGUUUGACCACCGAAAA